UAACCAUGGCCCAGCACUAUGAUGGUCUGUCCCACUGUAAGCUGGCCCUGGCGUUUGCCAUAUUGAUGGACCUGCUAGGUGUGUCUGCUCUGCUGGUCGGGGUCUUCGCCCCAUUAGAGAUUAAGGGACAGGACUUUGGGGACCUGCUGGUGUACUCUGGGGCUCUACUGAUGCUCAUGUCCCUGGGAGGAUGGGUCAUGUGGUACAGCGGGAACCUUGAGGGCCUGACCUCCAGGAAGGAGCUAUGGGGAACCAUGGGUGCCAUGGACCGGCUGGCCCGCUCCCUCAGCCGCAGGAUACGACUCCCCAGGAGCCACAGCAGCCCCUCAUGAUGCUUCAUGGUCAGGCGUAGGAGAAGGGUGUGGUUGUAGGGGAGGAUCCUCAGUGUCUCCAUUAGACUAUUGGCCCCUGACAGUCAAACUGCCUGUGGGUCUGGGAGCGGUAUUGUUGGCAUUGAGGGAGUGCUAUUAAAUGAACCAGGCUAUGGCCUGUGAUGUGAACGGGCAAAAGCGGGGUUGGGAGGAGUGCCCUUCUCAAAUCAAACAGUAAUCUGCGCCGCUCGGUCAUGUUGUCAUCAAGGCAGCAUAUGUUCACAUUUUCAAACUAGUUUUCAUUAGGAAGGCAGAUAAAGCCUUUUUAUCAAAAGCAAUCAUUUUUGUAUGUAAAAACCCAGAAUCCAACUCAUUACUCCACGUGAUUAACCUGUCCCUUUUUUUUGGAGCUGACUUCGCCGUCGGCCAAAACGGGGCACUGGGCUCACGACCGGGAGGGAGCCUGUUUCCAAAACGAAUCUAAUCAACGCUAACCGGCUUCACCUGGGGCAGUAAUAAGAUUCAGUUUUUGAGACAUUUUAUAGAACUCCCUCAUUCUUUAACCCAAGUUCCACCGCCUCCACGGUGGAAGAGACUUACAUACUGCUAGUUCACUAGUGUCAAUUGCAAGAUGUAAAAACGGUCGGUCAUUGCUUUUUAUUGGGACUUGACCUUUGCUGAAACACCUCCGGUAGAUAACAGAAUUGUACAGACUGUCUGAGUAGGAUUUUAAACGAUCAAGCAUGGAGGCCAUUCAUAGUUCACUUGGUUGGUUUGUUUAGGCUUGAAUCUGUACAGAAUUGGUCUGUAUAUUCAUAAUAAUCCAUGUGUUGUGGUUUUCUUUGAAUCGUAAUAGGGUUUUUGUAUUAAAACUAUAA